GCAGCAUUCACGUGUGCUAUAGAGAGAUGUCAGUUUUUGAUGUCUCAAGUGAAAUGAUGAAGAUAUGAUGGUGUGGAAACAGGGCAAAAGCUCAGAGACCCUGCUGGAUGUGUGCAGGUCAUACAGAGCAGGGCUAUAUUUUGACUAUCAUCCAAUACUCUGCUUAUCAUGUACAAACCAACAGUGAAAGAGAUGCACAAUUUUUGGGAGCGGAAGGAGACCUGUAAUCCGUCAAGCCACAGCAAGAAACCUAAACCGCCAAAGCCUCAGAAUGCCAUCACUAUAGCUGUGUCCUCCCGUGCCCUCUUCAGUAUGGAUCUGGAGCAGGAUAUCUAUGAACAACAGGGAAUGGAGGCUUAUCUGAGCUACCAGUUCCAACAUGAGACUGAGCCAUUUGCUCCUGGACCUGCUUUUCCCUUCAUUAAGGCAGUGGAGGCAGUGAAUGCUAAGUUGAGGGAGUUGUAUCCAGACGGUGAAGAGCUCUUUGAUGUUGUUCUGAUGACCAGCAAUCAUGCUCAUGUGGGACUCAGACUCAUCAACUCAAUUAACCAUCACAAGCUGUUCAUAGAGCGCUUCUGUAUGACUGGAGGCAACAGCCCUAUUGGGUAUCUGAAAGCUUACCACGCCAACCUGUACCUGUCUGCUGAUUCGGUAAAAGUUAGAGAAGCCAUUGAAGAAGGCAUUGCAGCAGCCACAGUGUUCUCACCGGGAAAAAUCAGUGAGGUUCAAGAGACUCAGCUGCGUGUGGCCUUUGAUGGUGAUGCUGUUCUCUUCUCAGAUGAGUCGGAGAGAAUCUACAAAGCUCAUGGAUUGGAUAAGUUUUUUGAGCAUGAAAAGGCCCACGAAAAUAAACCUCUUGAUCAUGGGCCACUAAAGGGAUUCUUGGAAGCUCUGGGAAAACUGCAACAGAAGUUCUAUGCCAAAGGUCAACGCAUGGACUGUCCAAUCCGCACCUAUUUGGUUACUGCACGAAGUGCGGCCAGUUCAGGUACCCGGGCCCUUAAGACCUUACGUUCCUGGGGUCUGGAGACAGAUGAAGCGCUCUUCCUAGCAGGGGCUCCAAAAGGCCCCAUGCUGCAGAAGAUUAGGCCUCACAUCUUCUUUGAUGAUCAGAUGUUUCAUGUGGAAGGGGCAGCAGAGCUUGGGACAGUGGCAGCACAUGUUCCCUAUGGAAUUGCUCAGAGGUUUCCGUCAAAGAUAGGGAAGGAUAUAAAAAAGGAUGUGCCUGACAAGCAGCUAGUGUGAAUCCAUUCUUGGUGUGACAAGUAUUUACCAAGCAAGGCAUUUACAAACAUCUGUUUGAGUUUAAAAAAGAGGGAAUUAGAUGUGAAAGGUAACAAGACACUCAAGGUGUUUUGCUUUUCUAAGAACAGACACACUGCACUAAACAUUGUAGCGUUGAAGUGAUCAGCAGGCCAUAAAUAAAUCAACUGUCAGGGAAGGAAAUAGUUAUCCACAAAAGAAGCAUUUUAUAGUUUGUAUGCUUGUUCUUCCAUAUGUCAUUUUGAAUGAUUUGAUAUGAUUUCCAUAACAAAGAUUGCUUAUAAAGUUUAGCUUUAAUUUGAGAAAAAAAUGCUAUUAUUUAGCACUUAAAUCAGAUGUUAGCUCUGUUAUCCAUAUACCCACUCUCAGUUGUUUGAAAGACAGUUCACAAAGGGGCUGUUUUACACUUGUCUUGUAACUUUUUUCUUUGCAAUACAUAUCAUAAAGUGUUCUUUUACAUGAAUUUGUGUUGAACGGGAUAAAUUUGUCUGCACGAAUGUAUCCAGUCAGUGUUGUAUUUCUGUGUGAUGUAAAUCCUGUCCAGUGUUUGAAACGCUGUUACUCAGGGCAUGUUUAACAUUAGCCCUUAUUGUUCACCACCUAAUAGUUAUAAACAAAGACUUGUUAUCUGUUGUCAGAAAUACAUAGGCCAACAUGAACAACUACAAAUGCUUGAGACCAUUAUUUCCUUAUAUUUUGGGAUUUUUAAUUAGUAAAAUGUUGUAUUUUCUG